CCCAAGGCUGCUUCCCCUGCUCCCUGGUGAACCUCCUGCACGCAGUCCUCCAUCUCGCUCUCUGUUUCCUGGGGAACCUGCCUGUAAGAGACGAAGGUUGAAAAGAUGACCUCUGCUCUGUCACCAUGAGGCUGCUCCCCCUCCGAAGAAUGGACAUCCCUUAGCUUCCCUGUGGCGACAUGCAGCCCCUCAGAACGCUCUUCCUAUACCGAGACCUCCGCUGUCUACUCGAUCAUGAGGACAGCCACCUCUGUGCCCGUCAUCCUUGCUGCUUCGGAUCGUUAGUGGGAUAGGGGCUCGGCCGGCUCAGAGGGGACCAGCUGGUACGCAGGAGGAUUUGACUCUCACUUCUGGAUCUGGGGAUUUUCUCCAGAGCACUCUGGAAAGAGACCCUGACUUGAGGAUACAGUCUGAUGAUUGGUAGAACUGUGAAGACGUGUCCCGGCCAUUUGGAAAAUCCACGGGGCCUAACAGCCCUGGUGGGAACAGCGUGAUGCUUGGAGACAUACAUGCGGUUGCCUCUCCUGCCCCGCUACGACUUGCUGGGAGGCUCUAAGCAGGGCCUACAGCUGACGCUGCCUAAAAAGCUGCAGCCUUAGCAUCCUACACCCAAAGAACUGGCAAGUCCCCUUCUGGGCAGGUGCUGGGAGGGCCCUUUUAGGCGACGAAGGCCGCUUCUGAAGUUGGGGCAUCCCAAGGAGGCACCAGCAGCCAAGAUGUCCGCACAGAGCACUGACGACCUGGAGCCCAAGGCCUUGGACCUGCAGCCUGGGAUCCCAGAGGCCCCAACCCACCGGCAGAAGCGGCGCCACACGCUUCCCGCCAGUGAGUUCCGCUGCCUCACUCCGGAGGACGCUGCCAGCGUGUUUGAGAUCGAGCGCGAAGCCUUCAUCUCCGUCUUGGGCAUCUGCCCCUUGUAUCUGGAUGAGGUCAAGCACUUCCUGACCCUGUGUCCAGAGCUGUCCCUGGGCUGGUUCCAGGAGGGCUGCCUCGUGGCCUUCAUCAUCGGCUCACUUUGGGACCAGGAGAGACUCACUCAGGAGUCACUGACGCUGCACCGGCCCGGGGGCCACACUGUCCACCUGCACGUGCUGGCCGUGCACCGCGCUUGCCGGAGGCAGGGCAAGGGCUCCACGCUGAUGCGGCGUUAUCUGCAGCACGUGGGCGGUCAGCGAGCGGCGCGCCGGGCCGUGCUCAUGUGUGAGGACGGGCUGGUGCCCUUCUACCAGAGGCUCGGCUUCCGCCUCACGGGCCCGUGCGCCAUCACCCUGGGCUCGCUCACCUUCAUGGAGCUCCAGUGCUCCACGCGAGGCCACGGCUCCCUGCGUCGGAACAGCGGCUGCUGACGCCUGCCGUCCCCACGGUGCCCACAGCCACCCGGCCCCGGUGUCCCCUUCUCUCCCCAGCCCAGGCUGGAUGCCCAACCGUGCCAGAGGUGGGGCUGGGUUGGUAACUGGGGACGGCAGGAGGUGUCCUGCGACCCGCCUCGGUGACCCCGUCGUUCUCAGGAACCGAUGGUGGACCCUCUGGGCAGGCGGCCUCCUCGCCUCAUGCGAGGUGCCUGGUGCUCAGGCCCUUAUUCUCCCCGGCCUCAGGGAUUUCCCUUCUUGUCCUCAGCCCCAGAAUGGGGGGUAGCUGGGAGCAGGGAAGUGCAGGGGCUACCUCCCAGCUCCCCCCAUGUGCCCCCCACCCCUCGCCUCGGACACCCUGGGUCCUCUUCCCUCUAAUAAAAUAGUUGUGCUUCAUAA